UGUUCUGGCCCACCGUCCAGAAGGAUUACUCCUUCAAUUUAUCUUCGCCACGUCCUCAGAUGGGCCCGCGCCAGGGUCACAUGCGAUUGUUCGUGCGAAUCGCUACACCGUAUCGAGGGGGACAGAUACUGACUCGGGAUCAAUUCCUCCGCGUCCACGCAAGAGGCGAAAUUUUCGGCUAAGAUAGGACUCAUCCUCCCGUUGCGCCGCCCGAACCAAAAAUCCCCCCUUCUCCCCCCAAGUCCGAUGCGCCGCCGUGCGCCGCCCCUCCCCGUCCUACAGCACUUCCUCUUCGUCCCCUUCUCUAGCUCGUCAUCAAGCUCUCCCAGCUUACUCCGGACCAACACCACCACCGAGGGCCACGUCUCCCUACCUACCCGGUCUGACCCCAGUGGAAGGAGCGGCGGCUGGCGAUGGCAGCCGAGGCGAGGAGCUGGCCAGGCCUCCCAAGAAGUGCCGGAUCGAGUCGCGCAACAACAGAUCUCGCAGUCGCAAGGUUGCUGGGAGGAGUGCCGCUGCCAGCGCUUCGCGGACGAAGCGGCUCCCAAUGCAAAGUUCGAUUUCUCGAUUUUUUUUUAUCUUCAUGUUCGUGAAGGCCAAGACAUGGACCAUAUACACAAGUACCCAUCUCAGUAUAGCGAUUUUUUGAUAGGCACCUAGCACAUUUCUUAACACGCUUAGAACAACGGUAUGACUAUUAAUUCAGCAAUGAUAUUACCCCCUCAGUCCUAUAUUUAUUUGCAAUAUGCUUACUGGCUUUCUCUUGGCUGAAGAAUUCGGUGAACUAAAUAUGCCUCGCCUACACAAAUGUACUGUCCUUCCAAGACCAUCUAAUUCACCUUUUAUUUUCUGUUUAGAUCAUACAAGGUACUGCUGCUGCUGAAAUCCCGUGAACCUGUCUUUGAACACUGAGUGAAGGAGUCAGCUGGCAAAAUGCCAGAAGUAAAAGGUGAGCUUUCUUACUCAGCCAAUGGCCUCACUGCAUAGCUCCUUCAUAUGUGACAUAAAUUUGCAACACAAUUUGCCUAACUCAGUCAUGUUCUUGCAGUCCAAUAAUUUCCACCAAAGUUUUAGUUGAAUAUAUGGCGCAUUCAGGUAUAUAAGACAUCAUGAUCGCAAAUAGAAAGUUUAUAUGUGAUUACGAGACAUCAUGAUCACAAUUUGCUUAACUCAGUCAUGUUCUUGCAGUCCAAUAAAGUACCAAAAAAGUUUUAGCUGAAUAUAUGGCGCAUUCAGGUAUAUAAGACAUUAUGAUUACAAAUAGAGUUUAUAUGUGAUUAUGAGACAUCAUGAUAUAAAAAAGAGCACAUAAGUGUUAAUUGAAGCAACAGGAGAAUCAUGUUUGGGACCUUAAAAUUACUUCUGACUAAAAUGGUAACAUGUAGGCUCAUCAUGAUUUUAAUUGCUUCUGACUAAAAUGGUAACAACUAAUUACACUUUAUGUAUUGCUUACUUCAACAUGUAAAAGCUUGGUCAAUGCUUCACAACGAUAUGAUGGUAGGAACCCUCUCAUAUUCAACCACAGUUGGCAAACUAUGGAAGGAGCUUCUGGAUGUUCCUUGUGAUGCUCGUUGGAUGUUUCCACGGUACACCAUAGAUGAAACAGAGACUGACAUUAUUAUGAGAUACUUCCAAAUAAAACUUGUGUCUAGUGAUGGCUUUUGAAUAUCAUGUGCUUCCAAAAGCUUUGUUUGUGCAACCUAUGACUUUUGAAAGUUUUCCUUGUAACUUAAUUCAAGCAAACUAUCAUUUUGAACUAUUUGUUGGGCAUGCAAAAGAUUGUUCAAUGUGAAAGGUUUUCAGAAGAGAAGUGGAAAAAGAUUACUAUUUGCCAAAUGGAAAUGGCUCAGAGCUUCCUGUGUUCACAUAUUUUUCCCUAUUACUAUUUCUUGGACGCCAUAGUGAUCAAAGAAUUUGAGUUGCAGCAAAAUCUAUCAAUGAAAGUACUUGUUCACAAACGGUAGCUUUUUACUCUGAUAUAAAACCUAAUUUUGGGUAUGAUCAGUUCAGAUUUUUGUAAAUGCUGUGUGCUUCCUUUUCAUUUAUCAAUCCUAUAUGUGUGUGGCGUGUUAGACUUUAAUUCUUUAGCAUUAAUGUUACAUGAUCUUAAGCAUAAAUGUAUAGAACAUCUAAUUAUCAUAUGAGACCAGUUUGAGGAUCUUACUGUCAUUGGGAGUAGCUUUUGGUUAGGUGAAGCGAGGUUCCACACUCGUUUGAUGUAGGAUUGACGAGUAGGGGCUCGCUGCUGGUACCAGCGAUGAAACCCAUGCGUGACAUUACUGCAUUAUCUGUCUACAUAAGAGAAGAAGAUGAUCUAAAGGCGAUAAAACCUUUCCGACAUUAUAUGGAAAAAGGACAGGAGCCUGGUUUAAGGUAACUGCUCAUGUUAGUAUUUGGUGCGGGAUCAGUCUUUCUUACUCAGCUUGAUGGUUCUGUUUCAUUUGGUGCUCUAAUUUACAUCCAACACAGGGCAUCUUUGGUUUGGCCUCAUCAUCAAAUGUAUGUUGUGAGCUACCGGAGUUUCUGUUGAGUGGCUAAAGUACACACGUGAAGAUGAUGUUGAGCUUGACCAUAAGAGAUCGAAAACUACAGUGAUAGAGGGUGACGAUGAUAUGCAGAUGGACAACAAGCUAGCUCCGUGUGUCACAGAGUGAGCAUAGUUCAGCAGAAUGUGAACAACUUCUAAGCUGCAGUUCUUGUAAUAUGUUUUUUGUACGGAAUACUUGUUAAAGUAUAUUUGUGAGGAAUUCUGGCUCAAAAUUGACCAUAAGUGUGAUUGCAUGUGUUCAUUGAUAAUCUCAUCUGUAUGAUGAAUUUUGAAUGCAACUUAUAAAUUUGAAUAAUGGAUCUAAAUUUGAUUA